CGAUAGAAUUGCCGAAGCCCCCUCCAUUCGCGCCGCCUUCGUCUCCCACCCUUACCCCCGGCGGCGGCGUCGGCAGCUCCUCCUCCGCCACCACUAUCUAGAGAUCCACCGUAACCCAAGAGAUAAGAAGAUCGCAGAUGGCCGAUCCGAGGACGUACGGAGGAGACGACGCCGAUCAUCGCCAGGGUUCGGGCGGGCGGCGGCUUUACAGCCCCUACCACGAAUUGCAGAUCCCCUACCGAACCCUCUACGACCUCCCCACCUCGCCGGAGUUCCUCUUCCAGGAGGAGUCCGUCGCCCAGCGCCGCUCCUGGGGCGAGAACCUCACCUACUACACCGGCAUCGGGUACCUCACCGGUGCCGCUGCUGGCGCUUCGCUCGGCCUGCGCUGCUCUCUCCGCUCCGCUGAGCCUGGGGACACCGUCAAGAUCCGGCUCAACCGCAUCCUUAACUCUUGCGGCCAGGAUGGCCGCCGGAUCGGCAACCGCGUCGGCGUCAUCGGCCUCUUGUACGCCGGGCUUGAGAGCGGGAUGGUUGCCGCGAGGGAUACCGACGACUGGGUCAACAGCGUCGUCGCCGGGCUCGGUACCGGGGCCGUAUUCAAGGCCGCCAACGGGCCGCGGUCGGCGGCCGUCGCUGGCGCCAUCGGCGGGCUCAUGGUUGGAGCUGCUGUAGCGGGGAAGCAGGUCUUGAGGAGAUACGUGCCCAUCUAGGGAAUUCUAGGUAUAUUUUUCAUAUGUAGGUGGUGGAAGCAUUGUCCUGAAAAAUGCAUAGAAUUUUUCUUUUCACUGUUACUUGUUUCGGAGUUUGGAGGUAAUCAGAGUGACAUUGUUCUUUGUUUAUGUAAAAUAUUAUGAAGAACAAUCAUAUCUUUUGCUAAACUGGAAAUUUUAUUGUUGUCCUUCAACAUUAAUUAGUUCAGAGACACAAAGCACCACCAUGCCAUCUUGGCAUCAUUUUUUCAGUUUUACUUUAACAUUGUAUUGACAUAUCUUAUCAUGGAAUUGUCACCGGCAAAACAUAAUUCCUUUUAUAGAUUCCCUCACAUCUAAGCCCACCUUGAGGCACAUUAGAAACUUCUCAUGACUUCCAAGGAUUUUUUUCUAACAUUUGUAGCUAAGUUACAUUUUUUUGGCAUGUAACUUUUUCAUGUUCCAAUUCGUAUGCUAGUCUUUACUCUUUCGUCUUUUGAUUUUCUUCUUGCUCAUGCAUUAAAUCCUACAUCAUUUACUUUUUUUGGCAAUUUUGAGACAGUACCAGGAAAUGACAUGAAUUACUAUAUUUCAGUUAUUGCAAUAAUAUGAUGGACUAUUCAAAAAGAAAUGGUAAUAAAAAUAUAUCUUUGCGCAUAGGGUAAAAUGAAUUUGACCAAAGUGGAUAAUCACAAAAAUUAGUCAGAUGUUAAUAAUUUCUUGUUUUACAGUCUUUUAUGAUACACUUCUUUGGCUCAUAGGAUUUUAAUAGCUAUGUUGAGUAAUUAACCGUGGUAUCUACUUCGUCUAAGAUUUUAAUUGCUAUGCUGACACCUAAUUUUCAUUUUAAAACACGGUUGGUUUGUGCCAUGAAGAGAAUGUAUUGACCUUUAAUCUUAUGCAUUAGAUAAAUGUAUGAGUAAGACACUGAGAGAGAAGAAACCAGCUAUUGUUGCAAGAUUACCAACUAUAAUUUAGAUGACAUCUUCACCAGAUUAAGCACUGACAUGAUGAAAUAUAAUUUAGGGAUGAUUCAACUUCACAAUCUGGAAAUGUGGUCUACUAAUUUGGGUCAGUCAUAUCAAGGGGAUGGAGGAAAAUAAUUCUUACACUAACUAGUUGAUGCCAUUAGCAAUUUAGAAGAAAAUGGAAUAUAAACAACUUGCUGUUUAUAUUCAGCUGAUGAUGUUUUCAGAAUGGCUAAAUCUUUCGAGGGAGUAUUCUUUGGCACAUUAGAGGUUAUAAAAUUCAGGUUUUCAGCUUGAUUUUGGAUGACUGGUCUUUUUGUCAACUUAAUUAAACCUCCACUUUAUCCUACCGGAUGAGAAUGCUUUCUGAUUUAAAUCAGACUUAUGUGUUCCACUAUAAACUUUGUAAUUUUUCUCUCGUUUGUU